AUGGUUUGGAUCAGUAGUCUUGCUCAGUCGUCUCAGCUAGCAGUCACGUGGUUUCGACCUGUGGUCGGGUGGUCUCGACCUGCAGUCAGGUCGUUUCGAACAAUGGUUAUGUGACCUCGACAAGUAGUCAGAUGUGGGUCACAUCCAGGGGACAAGGACCAAAGAACGCAAUGGAAAUAAGCCACAUCAGUUGACUUUCUUGGGUUACCCAGAGUUAAUAAUCCUUCAUGGUUAAUAAUCCCAAGAAGCAAACAAUUGACAAUGGGUCAAGUUCGACGAAGAGACUACUUAAGGCUGUUGAUUGUCCCAGCAGUAUUUGCAGUGUCAUCGUUUUUCCUGUGGUUUCUCUUUGUCAACAGGCCAGCAUUGAAAAAUGGACUCAGUCCGGAUCUUCAUUUUCCUAAAUCUCUUGAAGAUUUACGAGAGCUUGUGCGUGUAUCAAGUGUUUACAGACAAGACCACUGGUAUUAUGUUCUUCUGUUAUUCACAUCAGCUUACGUCUAUAAACAGACUUUUGCUAUCCCCGGCUCUGCACUUUUGAACUUAUUUUGUGGAGCUCUGCUUGGAUGCUGGCCUUUAGGAUUUCCCCUCUGUUGUAUUCUGACUGCUGUUGGGGCCUCUAACUGCUUCCUGUUGUCUCGCUUUGUGGGAAAAGCAAUAAUUCAAGAGAUGUUUGCUAAUAAGAUUGCAAAGCUACAGGAAAAGUUGCUGGAGAAUGAGCAUCAAUUGUUCUUCUUUUUAAUCAGUUUACGAGUGUUCCCCAUGACACCUAACUGGUUUCUUAAUGUGACGGCACCCUACAUUAAUAUACCACUACCAAUCUUCUUUUUCUCUGUCCUAAUUGGACUGAUGCCCUAUAACUUCUUGUGUAUUCAAGCUGGAGAGAUGUUGUCUGAUAUUCGGUCUAUGGAAGAUGUUUUAACAUACAAGCAGAUGCUUGGCCUUAUAACUGUAGCUUUAAUGAUGAUAACACUUUCUCACUUUUAUCGUAAACACAAAUCAACACACAGUGAAUAAUAAUACAAAAAUCAGUGUUUGAAAUGGUGAUAUUGAUCUUUAUCGUCCAAAAAUAUUAUACUGUUGUCCUUACAAAAUUAGUGGGCUUUUGUGUUUGUAAAUUUUUAUUAUCCAAUAUUUUUUACUUGCACUCUGGCUUUCUUACGCCAAGAUCUAUCUGUUUUCUGGUCAUUAUUUCUUGUGAUAUAUUACAGAGACAUGGUCUCUGAAACACAAGAUGAACCCAAAUUUGAAUAAAAAAAAAUUAUGCAGAUUUAAUUUUGUAUCAUUCUGGGUUUCUACUUUCAUAGGACUUUUAGAAACUUCUUCCCUUUCUUGGAUCAAACCCAAUUAUCUUCUAUACCUCAUGUACUGCAUGACCUCUGUGUUGACCUGCACUUUCCCUUGAUUAUUGUUAUAAUGUUAUUGAUUGCACUGCAUUUCUAGCAAUAACAAAGAAAACAUUUUCUGCUGGAUCCCUGGUCAUGUUGAUGUUCAGGGAAAUGAGCAGGUGGACUCUGCUGUGUAGUCAAUGGUACAUGACUUCCCAGUUUCAUAUAGAGGUAUUCCAUUCUCAGACUAUUUUACUGUAAUCUCUAACUGCCUUUGCAACCGUUGGUCCAAUAUAACUCAUUACAAAUUAUAUUCCAUCAAGCUAAGUUUAGGUUUCUGGCCUUCAUCUUAUCAUUGAUGCCAAGGUUGGGAGACUACUCUCUCCCGUCUCUGCAUUGGGCACACCCGUCUCACACAUGGGUAUCUCAGGGAGAGGCGCCCCAUUCCACUCUGUGAUAAUUGUCAGAUUCCAGUUUCAGUUUGCCAUAUUCUGUUGGACUGUCCUGUCUUUCAACGAGCAUGCAGAAUUUACCUCCGUUGUCACCACUGCUCUAACACCCUUACUGUAUCUUCCCUCCUUGGUGAUGGCCCCACCUUUGACUCAGACUCCCUCUUUGACUUUUUAACAGCAACCAAUUUAUUACACAAACUUUGAUAAUACUUCCUUUAGCACUCCUCACAGCCCUUUCAAACUCUACCUCUACCUCUGUUAUCCUCUCCAUCCCUGGCUACUCUCUGCUCCAGCAACACCCUCUACCCUGCAGUGCUGUAUGACCCUCCUGAGUUUAGCACUUGGUUUUGAGUAUAAUAAUAAUGUAAUGUUAUUAACCCUCAUAAAUUUGUAGGGAUGACUGUAUAGUGAGUAUUGUAUUUACUUAAAGUACUGUACCAAGUUUUACAUUUUGUGUCAACAAGAUAUUAUGCUCACUGUAAGUUGGGUAUAAUAUUCUCUAUUGAUAAAGUUUGUUAAUUAAAUUAUAAAUAAA